AUGUCUGGUUCUGAGUCUGAGGCCUCUUCUUCCUCUUCUCCUUCAACUGGAUUUCCUAACAAGUGUCCUCCUCCAUCUGCGCCAAUGGUGCAAUUGGUCCCAAAAUCCACUUCUGAUCGACUGCUUCAGAAAUUCUUUGAUGCCGCAGAGUUUGACUUUGAUUAUGAGCAGAGUGGAUUGUGGUCUCCUCCCGUAAAGCGCACCGUGUUCUUGAGCUCACAAGGUAGAAUUUUCACUGAGCAAGAAAUGCUAGCUAAACUUUCAACUCUAAUGGAUGCUCCUACUUCAACACACAAAGCUUGCUGCAGAGAUGCCUUGAAGCCAUUCUUACAGUAUAUUCGUGAGGAUUGCAGGUCAAGAAACAAAUACUGA